AUGUCUAAUCCCGAGCUUAAGGUCAUUCACAGACUCAUUAGAAGGGUUGGAUGUGCUUUUUAUGAGGUAAAAGACCGUAUUCUUCUUGAUGCAUUAUUAAAGCACUCUACACUAAGAGAUGAUCAUUUGUCAAUGAUUAUGGAUAUGCAAUUGAAAGAGGUUCGAAGAAUAUGUGGAGGAUUGAAAGAAAAUCGAAUGAUUGAUGAAUAUCAUAGUCGUAUGGAUACAAGAGAAGGAUAUUCACGUCCGAAUGGACGUACAUAUUAUUAUAUUAAUUAUCGUGCAACUAUAGAUGUAAUUAAGUGGAAAAUACAUAAGCUCGUUAAGACAGUUGGAGAUCGUAUGACAAAGGAUUAUGAUACAAAGGGUUAUAUAUGUCCAGUAUGUAUGAGACAAUAUACGAGUUUAGAUGCGGUUUCUUUAGUAAGUCCAGAUGCAAUGAGUUUUUUAUGUACAGAUUGUGGAACUGCAUUAAAUGAUAAUGAAGAAAGUUUUGAAGUUAAAGAUAGCCAAGAGAGACUGUCUCGUCUGAUGAGUCAAAUGAGUAAAAUUAUAUCUAGUUUGAAGGAAGUUGAUGAGAUUGUGGUUCCAGAAAACACUUUCAUCAUGGCAAUAGCUAAUGCUAUUCCUCCUGAUUUGGACUCUGUUUCUUUAUCAGAAUAUUUGGAACCUGUUUCUACGAACACUGUUACUGCAUCAACAGUAUUUCAUUCAACCGCUGCAGAACCUUCUAUUUUGAUUGACUUUGACAUGGAAUCUAAGUCUAUGACUAAGGAUUUUGGUAAAAAGGAGAAACAAGUAUCUUCUCUGACUGAAAAUGAUUUGCCUAUUUGGCAUUCUCAAUCUACGAUUAUGAAUGAUUUUACUGAUACAGAUAAUUUAUAUAAAAAUAUCAACUCUGAAGAUUUUCUUGAUUUUCAAAAUAAUGGCUUAAAAGAUAAUGUUUCUAAAAAAGAGAAGCCAGAAGCAAUUGAAAAUGCUGUUGCUGAGUAUUAUGCUAAAUUGCGUGCACGGAAAGAUACUGAGAUAAAAGAUGAAACAAAAGAUUUGGAUUAUGAUGAUUUUGAUAAUGAUUUUGAAGAUGUUGAUGACUUAGAAAUAGGUAGUUUUUUAAAUGAUGAUUAUUUAGAGUUACAAAAACGUCAUCAUGAUACAAAUGGCCUGGAAAAAUAA